UUUUCAAGUUCGCAUAAAGUAUUUAUGCAGCGCAGAAUUUAGUAAAAUCAUUCAAUUGGUACUUCACCUCUUAGCUAAACAAUAGUUGCUUCUACCAAAAACAACACAAAAAAAACUUUCAAAAUGAAAUAUCUUAUUGUUUUGGGUUUAUUUUUUGUCAUGACCUCAACUGCCAGAUGCUUUUAUUGUGAUCCUUGUCAAGAAGUCAUAAUUAAAAAAGCAGAAGCCCAAGCUAUACAAGAAGCUGUAGAGGAAGCUGUACAAGACGCAGUAGAGGAAGCUGUAGAAGAUGCUGUAGAAGACGCUGUGGAAGAAGCUGAAGCCGAAAGUGAAGAUUCUGAAGAGCCCGAGGAGCCUGAGGUGGAAGAAGAACCUGAAACUCCUGUUCCACCCUACUUCAUCAUUACUAAAACAGAUUUUCAUGAAGAUGGAAGCUCAUCGAUCACCAAGUUGAUAACAAAAGGUCAAUUGUCAGAUCUAACAUCACCUCCAAAAACUAUUGUUAUUUUUGCCGAUCAGAAUGGUGAUCUUGUUGAUGAAGUGGAAAUCGAUGACGAAAUUGAAGAAGCACUUGAAGAUGUGAUUGCUGAAAAAUUAAAAGAACAACUUCAGGAGGAAAUCGCAGAGGAAAUUGCAGAAGAAAUUGAGGGUGAAGGAGAUGAUGAUGAUGAAGAUGAUGAUGAAGAAGAGGAGGAAGAAGAAGAAGAAGAAGAAGAGGAGUGUGAGGCUUGUGAAGGACGAGCACAUCGUCUAGCUGUGUAUAUUCAGAACUUUGUCAAUCCAAAAUUGUUGGGUUCUGUUUGAACAAAAUUUUUAAAUUCAAAUAAAUUUUGAUGAAUCCAAAUUCUUAA